AUUCUGCAAACAGAAGCUCUGCUCUCACCUAAAUCUUCAACUCUUGACACAAUGAGCUAUUACUACGGCAGCUCCUACGGCGGUCUGGGCUACGGCCUUGGCGGUCUGGGCUGUGGCUAUGGCUGUGGCUAUGGUUGCCUCCGAGGUCUGGGCUAUGGCUACGGCGCUGGCUAUGGUGGCUAUGGAUACGGCUGCUACCGCCCGUGUUACUACGGAAGAUACUUGUCCUCUGGCUUCUACUGAGAAACCCGGCAUGCAACCUUCCUUCCACGUGACUGAGAACUUCCUUCUUGCUGAUUCUACAGUCUGGCCACUUCAUUCCAUCGGUGCCUCUAAAAAAAAUGAUGAGCCAAUCCUAGGUUACUGUGAUAGAACUUCCGAUCUCAGCAUAUGGGACUGACCUGAUAAUAAUUAUCUGAACUUGCAAUUCUAAUUUGAGGGGUGGGGGGAAUUACAGUCUGGGUUACAAUUUUCCUUUUGGAUAUAUAUUUUGGCAGAAAUCUCAUUCCAAAUUAUUCAUGUGAAAUCUGUGAAAAUUCACUUUACAUUAAACUUUCUUUGUCUGGCAUUUUAAA